AUGCCUCCAAGACGCAACAUGCCUACCAGUAGCAACGAGAACGUCUCUGCAAUUGAUCGUAUGGCCCAAGCGAUGGAGCGAAUGGCUGAGUUCAUGAUGGCUCAGCAAACCCAGAACCGGAACCAAGGACAACCACGAGUCGAUUAUGCGAAGGCGAUAGCAAGCCGACAACCACCACACUAUGCGGGAGAAAAAGAUCCGGUUAUUUUAGAGGAGUGGAUCCGGACGUUUGACAAACUGCUCAACGCAGUGGAUUGCCCUGCAAAUCAACGAGUACCUUCCGCGGUCUAUUAUUUAACGAAAGCUGCAGACAACUGGUGGACAUCAGAAGGACCUGAUAUUCUACAAGACCCAGAGUUUGGUUGGGAAGAAUUCAAGGAGGAACUGAGGGGACAGUUCUACACCGAGCGUAUUAGAGGGAUUAAAUGCGAGGAAUUUCUACGGCUAAAACAGAAGGGAGCAACAAUCGAAGAAUAUCAUGACCAGUACGUGGAACUAAUGCGUUUCGCUCAGGAGAUUGUACCUAAUGAAGCAAGUAAGGCACGAAGGUUUGUUCGAGGAUUGGACUGGGAUGUAAGGAGGGCGAUUGCGCCAUUCAUGUGCUCUACCUUGAAGGAGGCGUACGAUAGAGCCUCGGACCAUUACCAGGUGUACCUAGAUCAACAAGAAGUUUAUGGCCGAAAUAAAAGAAAGGCCGAUGACAAGUCACAGAAAUCCGCACUGGGAAACAAGAGAGUGAACCAAGGUGGCUCCAACCUAAUAUCAGGAAGAGGAAGGGAAAGAAUUAACGAAGGAAACCGUUUUACUUGUUCAAGAUGUGGAAGGAAUCAUCCAGGAGUGAAUUGCCAAGGAGUGAGGAUUAAGUGCUUCACAUGCGGUCUUUCUGGGCACAAGUCCUUUGAGUGCCAGAGUCGGGUAGACAGUCCUCAAAAACUCCUACAGAACGUGAACCAAGGGAGAAGAUUUAAUGGGAAUACUGGUCAGAGACCCGCAGAGAUAGGAAACAGAAUGGCCAACUCUCAGUCAACAAAUCCGGGAGGACCAACAAACGUCGCAUCUGGUUCCAACCACAAAGGGAAGCAAGUGAUGGGAGAAAGUAGCACGGGAAACCAAGGCAGAAUUUACGUCGUCAAUAGCACUCAGGCCCAGGCUAACGACGCCGUAACUGACUGA